AUGUACAAGCACCUAAUUUACACAUCAUGUAUUUUGAAAGGCAAACCCACAACACCUGGACGUCCACCAGUGUCAACAACACCUGUCUACAACCAGCAAGUGACCUUGACCUGCAGCUCCACCUCUACCACUGUCCCAGCUGACCAUGGUUUGACCUUGACCUACACCUGGCAGCGUGACAACACUGACAUCACAGUUACCUCCCUGGUUCUCCCUACACCUUCACAACGGUCCCUACCAGAUCUCCCUGACCCCUCCACCUCCUCCUACACUGUGACAGAACACCAGGCUCUUCCAUCUAUCACGUGCUCCGCCCUCUGUAGACCCGGAUGUAGCUACAGGUGGUUACACAAUGGAACAGUCUUCAGCAGUGGAGCCGUGCUCCAGGGACAAGCUGACAGAUCCAAGACAGGCUCCUACAGAUGUCAGCCUUCUAAUACACACGGGAGUAGUGACAGUGUUACAGUCAGUGUUGAUGUUCAGUAUCCAGCAGAGGUGAUUCUGGAGACACAAGGAAGCGCCACCUGUCGGCCACACAGAGUCUAUGUAGGUCAGCAGAAUGUCCAGCUGACAUGUCGGGUGACGGCAGCUAACCCAGCUGUGACGUCAUACACGUGGACUCACAACAGUUCUGUUAUCCAGUCAGCGAGUGGCGGCGUGUUCACCAUCAGCUCCGUCAGCAGGACCAGUGGAGGAUCCUAUACCUGUCAGGGGAGGAAUAGCCUUGGUGGAUCCACAUCUUCACCAGUGACACUGGAGGUUCAGUACGGUCCAUCUGUGUCUGUUGCUGCCUCCACUCAGACUGUGACAGAGGGACAGACUCUGACUGCGACCUGCUCUGUGGACUCCAAACCUGCAGCAGCUGUGACAUGGACAAGGAAAGAUGGUGGCAACUUUACUCCUCAGACUGGAUCUACUCUGACCAUCAGUAACAUACAGAGAUCACAGGCAGGGACAUAUGUGUGUACAGCUACCAACACCCUCAGUCCUUGUGGGGGGACAUCUGUAGUGAGAUCUGACUCUGUGGAGGUGACAGUGGAUGUACAGUAUCCUGUCACUAUAAAUAUGUUUACGGCCAACUCACUCAGUGGUUCAGUGACAGUUAACGAGUCUGACCCAGCCACCUUGAGCUGCCAGGUAGACAGUAAUCCAAGGUCAGUCAUCAGGUUACUGAAUGGAACUGAGGAGUUGACAAGGGCAGAUAACUCCCUGACAGCAACAUAUAGACUGGAGUCAGCAGACUGUAGACAAAGAGGGAACUACUCCUGUACUGCCACCAACAACAUCGGGGCACCUGUCAGCCAGAGGGUGGAGUUGCUGGUUAAAUGUUCUCCUCGACUAGAUGGGACAGUUUCACAGCAACUCAAGUACGCCGCUAGACUGGGUGGUGACGUGACUGUGUCUGUGUCAGUCCUGGCCUAUCCCCUUCCUACAUUCACCUGGAGUAGAUCCAUCAGCACCACCCAGGACCUCACUGGUUCCUCCAGCCCUGUCUCAGACAUCUCAGUCACUGCCAGACUACACCUUACUAACCUCCAGCAACAGGACUUCGGGGACUACAGUCUUACAGUGGACAAUGGAGUUGGGGGUUAGUGGAAUACACACUCGACAUUGUGUCUGAAGGUAAGAGUCUCUUGCUAACCUCCAACUGUAGGAUUCAUGGUAGAUAUUGGUGAAGGUGAAACAGU